GUCCAGAUCAGAAAUCAGAUUUAUGUAAAGAUGAAUCUACACUGAUUUUGUCUGCCUGUGCUAUAUUUGUUAUGAGCAACAAGAGCUCGUCUUUUGGAGCUUAUUCCUCCUACAACAUGCAGGAAAAUCGCAUUUCUCGCUGGUAUUUUGGUGGAGUCUCUUCGAGCGCAGCUGCUUGUUUAACACACCCACUGGAUUUGAUUAAGGUGCACUUACAGACGCAGCAGGAGGUGAGGGUGAAGAUGAUCGGGAUGACUGUGAACGUGGUGAGAACAGAAGGUUUUCUGGCUCUCUACAGUGGCCUCAGUGCUUCCCUCUGCCGCCAGAUGACAUAUUCACUGUCACGGUUUGCCAUUUAUGAGACCAUCAGGGACAGGAGAAAUAGAAAAAGCAGAAGUUUAAUGCCUUUCUAUCAGAAAGUCCUGCUUGGUGCAUUCGGAGGGUUCAUCGGAGGCUUGAUCGGGACCCCUGCUGACUUGGUGAAUGUCCGAAUGCAAAACGAUGUCAAGCUGCCAGCAGAGCUCAGAAGAAGCUACGCUCAUGUGCUUGAUGGACUGCUACGUGUUUGGAAGGAAGAAGGAAUGUUUAAAUUAUUCUCGGGAGCAACAAUGGCUUCCAGUCGAGGAGCACUUGUCUCUGUUGGGCAGCUUUCCUGUUAUGACCAGUCCAAACAGCUGGUUCUGGCUACAGGUUAUUUUACUGACAACAUCCUCACCCACUUUCUGGCCAGUGUGUUUGCGGUAAGGAAUUUAGAUUUGUCACCACAGGGUGGUUGUGCUACAGUCCUGUGCCAACCACUGGAUGUGGUCAAAACAAGGUUAAUGAACUCAAAGCUGGAAUACAGGAGUGUGUUUCACUGUCUGACAGAAACAGCGAAGCUCGGCCCGAAGGCUUUCUACAAGGGUCUCGUUCCUGCAGCGAUUCGCCUCAUCCCCCAAACCGUCUUCACUUUCAUAUUCCUCGAGCAGCUGAAGCAGCACUUUGGUCUGGUGGUUGUCACCUAA